UGUGUAGAGAGAGAUCUAGAGAGAGAGAGAGAGAGAGAGAGAUCUAGAGAGGGAGAGAGAGAGAGAUUUAGAGAGAGAGAUCUAGAGAGAGAUGGAGAGUGAGGUGCAUGAGCAACUACAACUACACAUGAAGGAUUUGGGUGGGUUGGAUGUGAGGAAUAACAGUUGUAGUAACAAUAACAAGAAGAAGAAGAAGAGCAACAGCAAGAAGAAGAAGCCUAAGAGGGAUGAUGAUGAGGAGAGAAAGUAUGGGUUGGUGAGUUAUGAGGAGCUCCCUGAGUACAUGAAGGAGAAUGAGUACAUCCUGGGGUAUUAUAGAGCUGAGUGGCCCAUCCCCAAUGCAUUACUUAGCCUCUUCUCAUGGCACAAUGAGACCAUCAACAUAUGGACGCAUCUACUGGGGUUCUUUGUGUUCUUGGGGUUGACACUGUUGCAUGUGAGCUAUUAUGUCCCCCAGGUGGCUGAUCUCCUUGGGCACCUUCCCUGGUAUGGUUCAUCAUUAGCAGUGGAAAAUGCCUCCUACAAUAUGGGAAGUUUCUUUGUGGGAGCUAAAUCACUGAGUGAGCUGAAUACGGUCGCCGACCACCGUUCGACGGCGGCAGCGGCAGCGGCGCGGUGGCCGUUCUUCGUCUUUCUCGGCGGGUCCAUGUUCUGCCUACUAUCGAGCAGCGCCUGCCACCUGCUCUGCUGCCACUCGCGCCGCCUGAACGUCUUCCUGGCCCGGCUCGACUACGUCGGCAUCGCCGUCAUGAUCGUCGCCUCCUUCUUCCCGCCGAUCUACUACAUCUUCCUCUGCGACCCCCGGUGGCGCCUCGUCUACCUCUCCGCCAUCUCCGCCAUGGGCUGCGCCACCGUCUUCGCCCUCCUCUCGCCGCACCUGAGCGCCGGCCGGUUCCGCGCCUACCGCGCGAUGCUCUUCGCCGGGAUGGGGUUCUCGGGGGUGGUGCCGGCGGUGCACGCGGCGGUGGUCAACUGGGGGGAGCCCCGGCGGAACGUGACGAUGGCGUACGAGGUUGCGAUGGCGGCGGCGUACGCCGUCGGGACCGCGUUCUACGUGUCGCGGGUGCCGGAGCGGUGGCGGCCGGGCCGGUUCGACCUCGCCGGCCACAGCCACCAGAUCUUCCACGUGUUCGUCAUCGCCGGCGCGCUCGCGCACUACGGCGCCGCCACAAUCUUCCUCGAAUUCCGCGACGAAGUCAGCUGCUCUUAGGUUGACUUUGACUUCUUUCUUUUUCUUUUCUUUUUCUCUUUUUUUUUCUUUUGAUGAUUUGAUUGUUGAUACGGUGGGUAUUGUUCAUUUGCUUUUCCUGUUGGUGCCAUUCAUCAUGUGAUUUUUUUUUUUUUAUUGGAUUCUUGUGGAAUUAUACAGAAACGAGAAGUGAGUGUUAUCAUUUUGCUCACAAAAGGCUUUUGCUUUUACACUUGUAAAUCCAUUUAUAGAAAUUCAAAAAUAUAUGAAUUUAUUUUACUA